AUGCCGGUUUACAAAGUGAAUAUAAAGUGGCAGAAGAAUAAGUACUCAAAUGUGGAAUGUAACACCGAUGAGUGUCCCGAGUUAUUCAAGGCGUUACUUUUCUCGCUUACUGGUGUUCCUCCCGACCGUCAGAAAAUUAUGAUGCCUGGGGGAAUAUUAGGCGAUAAAAAUUACAAUGGCAUUAAACUGAAGGAUGGAAUUAACGUCAUGCUUGUUGGGUCUGUUGACGAAGUACCGAUUUCCGAAACCCCUUGUUUGGAUGAUUCAAAAGUUGCUCAUUACACAGAAGACACUAUAAAACUACCGCCUGGCCUCGUUAAUCUUGGCAACACUUGUUAUAUGAAUGCAGCUGUGCAAUUGCUUUUCUCGAUCCCAGAAUUACGUUUAGCUUUGCAGAUAUGCCGUUUUCCCCAAACUUCACUGAAUUCGCCGAAUCUUGAUUCCCUAUGCGAAAGCUUAAAGUUUUUGUUCAAUUCCUUAAGCAAAACUGAAAAACCGGUUACUCCUCUGCUCUUCUUGACUUGUUUGCACAGUGUUUGUCCGCAGUUCGCCUCACGUGCAUCGUCUUCUGAUGCAAGUAAAUCCGCUCCAGGUGCUCUAUCUAUGAUUACUCAUGGCUUCGAACAACAAGAUGCUAGUGAAUGUUGGACAGAGCUAAUCAGAGCAUUACAAUGUAGCAAGAUUGAUUCUCAAGUUUAUGCGUCAGCAGUGAAUUUGCCUCAAAGUUUUCGUACAACAUCCCAAUGGAAUCCUGUAGAAAGAUUUCUUACUGGUCAGUUAUCUUGCAAACUUACAUGUACUGAAUCAGAUGAACCCGAGACAGAUAGUCUAGAGACGUUUACUCAACUUUCUUGCUUCAUGCAUCAAGAUGUAAAAUAUUUGCUCACUGGUAUUCGAAAUGGAUUAACGGGAAAUCUAACUAAGCAUUCAUGUUUGCUGGAUCGAAAUGCAGUUUAUAAACGUCUAUCUCUUAUUAGUCGGCUUCCAGCUUACUUAUGUAUUCAUUUUGUUCGCUUCUUCUACAAGGAAGAUAAACAGAUUAAUGCUAAGAUUUUAAAGGAUGUGAAAUUUCCACUAACAUUGGAUAUGCACGAAUUUUGUACGCCUGAGUUGCAGCAGAAAUUACUACCCAUGCGUGAAAAACAGCGCCUCAAAGAAGAUGAAGUGGUUAAUCCCUCAAGUCAAACAAAUACUUUCAAAAGUAAACCAGAUUCUGUACGACCUGAUCCAUUCCAAAAUCCUGACUUGUACGAACCUAACUUUUUCGCUGAUGAUCCCGGUUCGAAUAACUCUGGGUACUACGAUCUUCAAGGUGUUUUGAGCCACCAAGGUAGGACAAGUACCAGUGGGCAUUAUGUUGCUUGGGUGAAAAAACAAGGAAUGUGGUUUAAAUUUGAUGACGAUCGUGUCAGCCAAGUGACCUCAGAAGAUAUUUUGCGCUUAUCUGGAGGGGGUGAUUGGCAUUGUGCAUAUAUUCUGUUAUAUGGGCCUCAUUUCAUAGAGAAGAAUGCAUGUAAGGAUCCUUCUGGGAGUACCGUAUGAAGUUCAUAAAUGCACAGCCUAGAAAAAUUGACAAUUUCUGUUGAAUAAACCCGUUUUUUAAACCUGAAAUUUUUAUAGAACGCCGUUCGUUAUGAACGUUUGUCAUUAUUUUCUUUUCAUGAAAUUGUGAUAAUUUGUCUUAUAAAAUCGCCGUGUUUGCUAGUUGUUAAUGUUUUUCAGCUCUUAUAACCAUCCAGACUUCUGAGCGACUCAUUUAACUGCGAAAUUGCUUUUCUUGAUUCAGCAUUGUUUGUGUGGUCAGAAAUUUGGCAAAUAAAAUAUACUGUUGGGCUUUCAUUA